AUGUUGGAAACAAGCAUUAGUGACCAGACUGCUGCACCAGUUGUUAGUGAAUUAGCGACUGUUGUAGAACGAUGGGAGUGUGACUUUUCACAAACCAAGACGGAUGGAAUUUUAUAUGAUUAUAUUAUUGUUGGAUCAGGCUCAGCAGGUGCUGUCUUAGCCAAUCGAUUGUCCGAGCAAAAAGAUAAACGGAUUCUUCUGAUCGAAGCUGGCGGUGCAGAUACGCACGAAGAAAUACAUAUGCCCGGUGCUAGCAUUAAAUGUCAAGGUGGUGAAAUUGAUUGGCAAUAUAAGACUACGCCUCAACGUCAUUCACACUUUGGUUGUGUCAAUCAACAAAGUAACUGGCCACGUGGCAAAGUUCUCGGUGGUUGUUCUUCAAUAAACUAUAUGCAAUAUGUUCGUGGUGAUGCGCUCGACUAUGAUAAUUGGGAGUUGCCGCAGUGGUCAUUUACAGAAAUGUUGCCAUACUUUAAGAAACUAGAACGUGCUGAUCUGAAUACUAUUCCGAAGAAUGAGAAAUUUCGCAAUCAUGAUCAAGACAGUGGAAUAAUUGAUGUGAUCAUGGUGCAAAAAGACAAUCCUAUCGAUUCAAUGUUUAUUGAAGUAUGUGAAAAGAAUGGAUAUCGUGAGAUGGAAGAUUAUAAUGCAGGAAAAAGUCUAAAUGGAUGUGUAUCAAUGUCACAAAUGUCGAUAAAGAAUGGCAAGCGUUGGUCAACAGCAAGUGGUUAUCUCUUGACGGCGGUUAAACGAGAAAAUCUUGAUAUAUUAAUACAAGCACUCACCUGCCGAGUGGUAUUUGAUGCACACAAACAAGCUACUGGUCAGUAUAAUUAA